UUUGAGGCGAGGCGGGCAAACCAACAGCGAUGUCAAAAAGUGAACGGAUUUUUGACUAGAAAGAGUAAGGAUUGCUUGCUAAUCUAAAUGGCACAUUUACUUUGUGAUGAGGAUUCUUAUGUGGAGCCGCCCAACAGCGCAGACAUACAGCUGCUUGUGUUAAGUGACCCGGAUUCUAAUUCCGAAUCCCGUGAAUAUGAAAACACACAAAUUGUGCUGUGGGAGCAGGAGGCUCCGUUUUACAGUGAAGAAAUGGAUGCUGUGACCCUUCCGUCAGACUGUGAGGUCGUCUUUUUGAUCAACUCUGAUGUGAGUGACCCCAGUGCUGAUGUGGAUUUGUGUGACAUUUCCAUGAUGGAAAAAGAGCUUCAUCCAGUUAAUCUGCAACUCCAGGAGCUGCUGAAAGAGGCCCAGAAGAUUAAAAUCACUUUGCUGUACAGCCAAAAUCUGAAAAAUCACGAAGAUUUGGUCAGCUCAUUCAUGGCGUUUGUGGCAUUGUGCCAGCCGUAUUUCACAUACACCGAGUCAACUGCACGCAGUGUAAUCAUGGACCAGAAUCCUCUACCAGAAUACAUUAGAAGAGAGCUGUUGCACUUCUCCCAGCAGCUGUCCACAUGCUUGGAAAAUUUGAUAAAGAUGUUUGCCACUUUCAGCCUGAUCACCCUGGAUGAGGCGGACCCCUGUGGGAUGUCACAUUUCUGCUGCGGGGAGGUUCGCCUUGAAUCGUGGUAUCGGGUUUUGCUUUUCCGCUAUUGCUCCCUGACACCCUUCAAUGCACGUGAUGAACCGCACAGCUUGUACAAGAAAAUGAGGUGGAAUGUGGAGCUCCUGGAGAACAGUUGUCCAAGUCAAGGAGAAGCCGAAACCAAAUAGUGAGUAAAGACAUCUUAGCUGUGAACUU